CUACAGGAGAUUUGCUCCACUCUUCAGGUCCUCUGCUUUGCUCAGAUCCGAAGCAAGAAUUAAUAACCAGUUUAUCUCGUACUUUUCAAAGUCAAAAGCGUAUUGAACAUGUUGACAGCAUUAAACAAGUAUAUUAUUCAAAUAGCUUAAUAAGUUUAGUCUUGGACGAUCCAUGUAGCGUUGUAGCAAUAAAAUUGUUUUUAAAAAAAAUGGAAUCACGAAACUUUUUUAACUGCUUGGAGGGGUAUAACUAAAGAAUUAAAUGUUAGUCGUCUUCGUUGGUUUUCUGUGGCAUUAUCUGAAGUAGCCUCCAUGACUAAAGAAAUGUGGGAGUUUUUAUUUUCUCUUAAGGCCAAAAAUGUUAUUGAACAACUGGGUGCUUGCGAAUUAACUGUGGAGGAUCUAGAACAAAUCUACUCUUGGACUGGCCAAUUUCCCUCCUUUGUUCAAGUUACUCUCCACAUCGAAGGCCUUUCUUGCCCUUUGCUGUCGUUUUUAAAAGAACACAACAUUAAAAUUAUGAGCAACCAUGAUGCAACUUGUUUUAUACCUGAUGAAGUUAUUUCAAGCAUUAUUAAUAAAUUUAUGCCUGAAGAUCUACCGACAGACCAACUAUGGACGAUGUCUGCACUCGUGCGUUACUCCACUCAUAUCGACUGUCAGAGCGUAUUGAGCUCUAAGGGAUACAUAGUAUAUGUGGAACCCGUUAGUCUUUAAACCUGUUUUCGCUUAAGGAGUUCUUUUUCGGCUCUGAAACUAAUAAGCAAAGCGUAAGUUCGUCCCAAAUGCCAACUAUCAAUCUUUACUGAAAGAUUUAAUUAACCAUCUUAAUAUUUGUGAAAAAUUUAACAAAUAAAGAGUGUUAUAUAACAUAUCUG